UCGCCGUCUGGAUCUCAGCUUCCCUGGCUCCUCCUCGCUCCCUGUGGCACUCCGAUCUCGGAGCUGACUGCUUCCGCCAACUGCCGGUUCCGUCUCCACUCUCCGGACGCGCUUCUCGCGAGGAAUGGUGGUGAGUACCGGUUCAGAUCCUUCUAUCUAGGGCUGUUUUCGCUGGAGCUGGGGAUGGAUUUCCAGAGCCGGUUUCUGUAGGAGGGCGCCGAAUCUUCCUCUGAGUGAAAUGGCGCGGGUGGAAUGGGUGAUAUGGCUCCGGGGGUUCAUCUGGCUCGUCCUCGUGUUCUAUCCCUUCUCUAGGGUUCUCUCCAAUAUGGAAGGUGAUGCUUUGCACUACUUGAAGGCAAACUUAAUUGACCCUAAUAAUGUGCUACAGAGCUGGGACCCAACCCUGGUUAAUCCGUGCACAUGGUUUCAUGUUACAUGCAAUAAUGACAAUAGUGUUAUCAGAGUUGAUCUUGGAAAUGCACAGCUAUCUGGUACCUUGGUUCCCCAGCUUGGUCAAUUGAAAAAUCUGCAAUAUUUAGAACUUUAUAGUAACAACAUUAGUGGGAUUAUUCCUAGUGACCUUGGCAAUCUGACAAACUUGGUCAGUUUGGAUCUCUACCUGAACAGCUUCGCUGGUGAAAUUCCAGAUUCAUUAGGGAAGCUAACAAAGCUGCGUUUCCUCCGGCUUAACAAUAACAGUUUGUCUGGUCCUAUUCCCAAGUCUUUGACUAAUAUUACUGCUCUCCAAGUUCUGGAUUUAUCAAAUAACAACUUGUCAGGAGAAGUUCCAUCAACUGGAUCUUUCUCUCUAUUCACUCCAAUCAGUUUUGCCAACAACCCUCUUUUAUGUGGUCCUGGUACAACAAAGGCUUGUCCCGGUGCUCCGCCUUUAUCUCCACCACCCCCAUUUGUUCCUCCUACUCCACCUUCAUCUCAAGGAAGUAGUGCUUCUAGCACUGGAGCAAUUGCUGGGGGAGUUGCUGCAGGUGCUGCUUUGAUUUUUGCAGCCCCUGCAAUACUGUUUGCAUGGUGGCGGCGUCGUAAACCACAAGAACACUUUUUUGAUGUUCCUGCCGAAGAGGACCCAGAAGUUCAUUUGGGUCAGCUUAAAAGAUUUUCUUUAAGAGAAUUGCAAGUUGCAGCUGACAACUUCAGCAACAAGAAUAUUCUGGGGAGAGGAGGAUUUGGCAAAGUAUAUAAAGGACGACUUGCAGAUGGUUCACUUGUAGCAGUAAAGAGGCUAAAAGAAGAACGGACUCCAGGUGGGGAGCUUCAGUUCCAAACAGAAGUUGAGAUGAUCAGCAUGGCUGUGCAUCGAAACUUACUCAGGCUGAGAGGAUUUUGUAUGACGCCAACUGAGAGACUACUUGUUUAUCCCUAUAUGGCCAAUGGAAGUGUUGCAUCACGUUUAAGAGAGCGUCCUCCAUCCGAGCCACCUCUUGAAUGGGCAACUCGACGAAAGAUUGCAUUGGGUUCUGCAAGAGGGCUUUCCUACUUGCAUGAUCAUUGUGAUCCUAAAAUUAUUCAUCGUGAUGUUAAAGCUGCAAAUAUUUUGUUAGAUGAGGACUUUGAAGCUGUUGUUGGAGACUUUGGCUUGGCAAAGCUAAUGGACUACAAGGAUACUCAUGUGACCACUGCUGUCCGUGGAACUAUAGGACAUAUAGCCCCUGAAUACCUUUCGACUGGAAAAUCCUCAGAGAAGACUGAUGUUUUUGGCUAUGGAAUCAUGCUUUUGGAAUUAAUUACAGGGCAAAGAGCAUUUGACCUUGCCCGACUUGCAAAUGAUGAUGAUGUUAUGUUGCUUGACUGGAACCAUCUUGUAAUUAUCUGUGCGUGGGUUAUAGCAAUUGAGAUCCUCUUUGAGGUUUGGGUCUGUGUGUUCCAGGAGGGCUAGCCACAUUAAACCCAAGCCUUGAUGAACCUUGAUGACGCAGAGAAAGUUUCCUUCCAGCUUCCUGCUACCCUAGGGAUUAAGUGCAUGUAAUUUUAUUAUCGUUCCUAUUCAAGUGACUAAACCCACACCCUGUUUUUCCUUUCAGGUAAAAGGAUUGCUGAAAGAGAAAAAGCUGGAAAUGCUGGUUGAUCCUGAUUUGCAGAAGGACUACGUCGAAGCUGAAGUGGAGUCUCUCAUACAGGUAGCGUUGUUAUGCACUCAGGGUUCCCCAAUGGAACGCCCAAAAAUGUCGGAAGUAGUGAGGAUGCUUGAAGGUGAUGGUCUUGCCGAGAGAUGGGAGGAAUGGCAAAAAGUCGAAGUGGUAAGACUGGAGGAGAUCCCCCGACAUCUCAACAGUGAGUGGAUAUUGGACUCCACCGAUAACCUUCGUCCGGUUGAAUUAUCUGGCCCAAGGUAACCAUGAGACGAAAAUGCUGAACUCCUCGAUCUUCUUUCUAUGCAUUACAUGUAUCGCACAUCAUCGCGAUAGAUCCAGAAAGUGGGGAAAUUGUGUAUAUUUCUAUAUAAGGGGUAAUUGUAUCAUCCCCUAUCGUUUAGUGUGGAUUUCUUUUGGUAAAACUCUUUUAAAUUUCCACUCUUGCAAGCAAUAUUGGAGCCUCUGCAAGAAGGAAUAUCGGGACUUUCACUAACUCAGGCUUCUGUAAUUGAUAGAAUCAGAUCUGCUUGACUUUACAUAGAUUUAAGUGCUAUUCUGCA